CCAGGCGAGGGCGCACGGGCCGCCGCGGACGCACACUGCCGGCGCGGGCUCCAGCUCCCGGCCAGAAGGAACUUGGCCAUGACCAGGAAGAUCUUCACAAACACCAGGGAGCGGUGGAGGCAGCAGAAUGUCAACAGUGCCUUUGCAAAGCUACGGAAGCUUAUCCCCACCCAUCCUCCAGACAAGAAGCUGAGCAAAAAUGAAACGCUUCGUCUAGCAAUGAGGUACAUCAACUUCUUGGUCAAGGUCUUGGGAGAGCAAAGCCUGCAGCAAACAGGAGGAGCUGCUCAGGGAAACAUUCUGGGGCUCUUCCCCCAGGGGCCGCACCUGCCAGGCCUGGAGGACAAGAUCUUCCUUGAGGACUACAGGGUCUCUUCACCUGGCCCAAGCCACAGUGGUCCGUAGGGUGACUGUGACAGUCAUCCCCAGGACAGUAUUCCACUUGCCCACAUGUCACUGACUUUGCACUGUGAUUUCAUGCUCCAGAGUCAGCAAGAGUCAACUCAAGUGGUAUCACAUAGGAAGUGACUCAGGGACAGCAGCUGGAAGGUAAAAGGAGGCAGUGAGGACUGCUGCUCUGGGCUCCAUCACCACAGAUUUCUCUGGUUCAAAACUGUGCAUGAGAUAUUUGGUGGAGGGGGAUGCAUAGGUUUAAAAUCCACUGUUUCACACAAUGUCUUCAGUAACAAGGAAGGAGUUUUCUCAUAAUGGAUCUCAGAUGAAGGAGCACACAUUUCCCUCUGAACAUAUCUUAAAGUUUCCUUGGAAAAAAGAAGACAUGUUUGAUCAAGGGAAAAUAAAUCUUAAAACUGGUAAAUGAAAAGAUCACCUCUGCAGAAACCCACCUGGGAGAGGUGUGGGAAAAAUCUCUGAAUGGGCAUCCCCCCUAAGGAGUAAGGAUUACACAUGUGUGUGAAAGAGCUCUGUAGUCUUUAAACUCUAUGGCAGUGUGAGGUGCUUCUAAUAUUGAGCCGUUUAUACAUAUACUAUCUCAAAAACCAAACAGUGAAUUAUAUUUGUGAUAAAUUAUAUGUUACAGUUGGAGUUUUCUUAUUAAAAAGUUAGCUAGAGAUGAGUCAGCAAACCCAUUAGCUUCACAUGUCAUAUAUUAAAAAGUUUGCUUGAAUUCCUGUUGGCUUAAGUCCUCUAAAAUUUGCUGAUAAUUAUGAAAAUCCAAACAUUACCAUUUUAUGACAUUCCCUCACUUAAAGAGAGCUUAGCAUGAACAGACUAUUUAGAGUAACCAAUGGAAAUAUAAUAGACUGGAAUGAACUAAUGAAUUUCUAAUAACUUUGAUUUCCCUGCCAGGAAGCAUUAAUUCAGUCUUAAGCUGGGGGAAAUUGGUACCCAACAAGUCAAUGAGAUAUGAGGAUCUUGUAGAACUCAUUGCUGCAUGCCCUUGUCAUCCUGAUGAUGCCUGGAUUCAAAGAGAAAUCUCAUUGCUGAGCCCAGAAUACAGAAAAUGCCAUUUGUUGCUGAGGCAUUUUAUUUCCCCAAAGUUCUUGACACUGUUGGUUUUAAAAUCUGAACCAUAGGUGGGAAAUCUAUGAAUUUGUUCUUAGAAAUUUCCACAGUAGAGAAAUUUAAAUUUCUCACUGCUUUCCAAAGUCUUUUCUUUAUGAAUAGCAAGGUUAUUAUGUCAUUCAACUCUAACUAGACUAUGCACUUACAGCACAAUGGUUCCCUUCACGUCCCUUUACGUAACCUGCGCUUGGUAAACUUCCCCACAGGCACAAUAUAGUUUAGGGAAACACAUAAGGCUGGAGACCAAGGGACAUUUCUCACUGGUGUGGGGAAGCGUCCCCAACUUAUGAAACAAUGGGCCAUUUCAAAGUUUGGAUAACAGUUGGCAAUUAAGCAAGAUUAGUCUGUCUCUUUUAUAUAUUUAUUUAUUUGAGAGAGAGAAAGAGGAAGAGAGAGAGAGAGAGAAUGUGCGUGCCAGAGCUUCUAGCCACUGCAAACAAACUCUAGAUGCUUGUGCCCUCUUGUGCAUCUGGCUCAUGUGGGUCCUGGAGAACCGAACUGGGAUCCUGUGGCUUUGCAGGCAAAUGCCUUAAAUGCUAAGCAAUCUCUCUAGCCCAAGAUUAGUUUCUUAUCUGGCAUUGAAUCAUAACCCUUUUGACAGGAUUUGUUUUUAUUAACUUCAUUAGAACACGAGGAACACACAGAAGAUCUUUCUGUAGGAACACAAGAUUUUGCUGCUCAGCCAAAAAUGAGUUUACUUUCCUACAUGCUGGAGCCCUGGUCUAAGUGCUCUGAGAGGGAAUCCCACUGAAGUGUACCAUAGAGAUGCAAAAGAUAGGAGACAUAGCUGUCCUUGUAUGAAGUGAGUGGAAUAAUUAAAGAAACCCUGCACAAAAUACUUCAUAAAUGAAUAAACAUUUGAGAUGUUAUACUUAAAAUAUUUAAUUCAUUAAUUGGCUGCAUAUAUCAGAUUGUAUUAAAUUAAAAUUACUGUCAACAAGAAUUGAAGGGCUGGAGAGAUUGCUCAGUGGUUAAGGCACUUGCCUAUAAGCCUAAAUCAUCCAGGUUUGAUUUCCCAGUGCCCACAUAAAGUCAG